AGAAAUUGAAAGCUGAAGAGGCAGGGGAGAUAUUAAGGGUGAUUGAGGAGAGUGGAUAUGAGAGGAGUGAGGAGGAGUGGUUAAAAAAUAUGAAAUUUAAUCGCAAUCUUUUACUGCAAUAUCUCCAAGAACGAAAAAAAGAAGAAAAAGUAGUUCGUAAAAAAUCCCAAAGAAUUAAAGAUAUCAAAUCCAACUUAAAAAAAUAUCAGUUGAAAACUUCUCCUAUUUCUGAAAAAGAUUUAGAAAGGUGGGAUAAAGAAAAGAAAAAAGAUAAAAACAAACCAGUAAAAAUAGCCUCCACUCCUGAAAUAGAUUUAGACCAAGAAAAUCAAGAGCCAGAAGAAGAGCAAUUAGUGAAAAAAGCUAAAAAGCCCGAGAGGAAGAAAAAACAAUAG